AUGCUCCUUAUCACACCACGCACGUUCUAUGUUGGCGGGCCGGGAGGCGGUGCCAAUUUUCUAGGCCGCCACGGAAUGAUCAGCGGAUCGUACAGCGGGAAUUCUUCUGUCGUGGGAGUUGGGGGUCGGCCAUGGUUGCAAAAGGUCGCCGCAAUCCUCGUCGCAAUAUGUCUCACCAUCGCAACGGCGGAUUCAUUUAAGGUCGCAGAGCGACAGUACAUUCACGGGUAUUCGGACGCAGAAGCUCUGGCCGAAGAGGUCAUUGAUGGCAUGGAGAUCCGCAUUGUGAGAGUCAUAUCCGGCACGUUUCUGUGGCUUGCACAGGUACAGACGUUGAUUCGACUCUUUCCGCGACAUAAAGAAAAAAUCAUGAUCAAAUGGGCAGGGUUCGCGUUGAUUGUGUUAGACACGAUAUUCAGCAUUCUGGACAAGUUUCUUGUUCAAACGAAUACGACACGACCGCGAUUGUACGACGAUGCGAUCCCUGCACUCAGUUAUCUUUUCGAACUCGCUCUCAAUUUGCUCUACGCUGCAUGGGUUAUCUUCUAUUCAAUAUCGAAACAUCGCUUUGCAUUUUUUCACCCGAAGAUGAGGAACAUUUGUCUCGUGGCCUUGUUGUCUCUUUGCGCGGUCCUCAUUCCUGUGGUUUUCUUUGUGAUGGAUAUCGCAAAACCGGAGAUAGCAGGCUGGGGUACGUAUGUGCGCUUGGUAGGUUCAGCAGCGGCAAGUGUUGUGGUUUGGGAAUGGGUGGAGCGCAUUGAAGCGCUGGAACGCGACGAAAGGAAGGAUGGGAUCCUUGGCCGGGAGAUAUUCGACGGCGACGAAAUGCUGGAAGUGACGCCCUCGGAAGAGGUGGACUGGCCUCGCCAGAACAACUCUGGUCAUGACCGAGGAGGAGGUACGGGCACAUCGUCCGGAUGGGGCGGUAUGAUGGGCUUAGCCCAUCGCCCCUUACGCACCAGGGUUGGUCUGCCCAAUAGCGGCCGCAAUUGGCAGUCUCGUCCUACUACCCAAAAUCAUGACCCUUCAGCCGACCCUCGCCGGCGUCGUCCAGCCCGGCCAACACCGCCGCCAGCGGCCGUCACGCCUGUCAGUCGGGCUGACACUACUAGUGCUGCUAGUACUGUGUACAAUGUUCAUUAUCACCCCGUUUCGAGUCCGACUCCACCCGUUGGUAUGCCGCACAUGGAAGAGGAGGAGGAGAAUAGCGAUGAGGCGGCAGCAGCAAAGGAACUGGCAACGUCCAUGGAGGGACAACACGCAAACAUGGCCCAUGAAGGCCUCGAGGCGCAGCAAACGAGAGAUCAAUCUCCCCAGAUCAUUAACACCGAUCACAGGUGGCGGACGAUUCUAAAUCCUUUCAAACGUCGGCACGCGUCCUUGCCAAGAGAAGUUGCUUCCGCACAGGCUGAGGAGCAGUUUCCGUACACAGAUGAGGAGGGCGUGGCACCGGAUGAGAGCGGAGAGCAGCACACUUCUCGGCCAACAAGUGAUAGAAGGACUCGACCUGAGUCCGGACGGCAGGGCGCAGACGCGCGGUUACCCGUUACCGUUAUUCCUGCCCGACGUCGAGGUCAGCAUACAUGGUCACCACAGUGGUUCAACGAUUCCAGUAUCUUGGAACCCUCGCCCCGCCGACACCAUACUUCGCACAACCGGGCUAAUCUCCCGGUGCGAGUAAUCCAACCGCAGGCCCGGCCUUCUGCUCCGUGGACGACAUCGGAUGCGGAGGGUAGCUUUGGUAACUACGAACUACGCUACGAUCCCGAAGCCGCGGCUCUCGUAGGAUAUGACGAUCCCGCCUUUGAAUCUCAUUCGACACGGGAUGUUCACCACGAGACCGUGCGGGUGAGCCUCACUGAUGAAUACGUGGACGAGCUUGACCGGCAAUCCAUGUCCGACGCACAUCAGAACGAGCUCAACCCGGACUCUUCGAAUCGACCUACAGCGGAACAAUCACCGGUUCAAGCAACGGCGCCAUCUCUUGAUCCUCAUCCACCGCGCUCACAAAAUACCAGUACCGGUGCCAGCGAAAGCCCUAGAUCGCAAUAA